UGCGUAUCUCCCGCCCACCUGCUGACGGUGCAUCUGUGCCUUUUUUUCCUUUCUCCCUCUCUCUCUCCUCCCUCCUGUUACCAUGCAAUCGGCGACUCGCCGUGGUGCCGGGGCUCCCCCGCGCAAGGUGGCGGCUGCCAUGUGGCCCGACGGGGGCGCCUCCGCGCCGGAGUGCGAUCUGGCCGACCUGCUGGCGGACCGGCCCACCCCGGGGGCCACGGCCGCCGUGUCCGGUGCUUCACCCACGGCGGCCGCCUCUCCGGCCAAAUCCUUUCAGUAUCAGCUGGAGGGGGUGGAGGUUCUUUUUCCGUACCAGGCGUACGACUGCCAGCUGGCAUACAUGGCCAUGGUCAUUCGCGCAUUGAAAGCCGGUGGGAAUGCCCUGCUGGAGAGCCCCACCGGCACGGGUAAGACCCUGUGCCUGCUGUGCGCGGUCCUGUCCUGGCGUCGGUGGAUGAUCGGCCGAGCGGCCACACGAAAUGAGGCCACCUCCACGCUAGAAUCGACAGCUGCGCAGUCCGCGCUGAUGCGCAAUAUCCCGCGCGUGUUUUACUCCUCGCGCACGCACUCGCAGUUGGCCCAGGUGAUGAAUGAGCUGAAGCGGACAUCCUUCACCGUUCGGUCGGGGAUCAUUGCCUCGCGCGAGCACCUGUGCAUCAAUCACUCGGUGGUGCAGCUCACCUCGGCAACCGCCCGGGACUUGGCCUGCAACCGCCGCAUCCGCGAGCGAACAUGCGAAUACUUCAACCGGCAAGACGUCAUGGAGCAGGAAAUGGCCACUUACAUGCAAGGCACACGCGACAUCGAGGAUAUGCUUGGGUUUGGCCGAGAAAAGCAAGUCUGUCCGUUUUUCCUUUCGCGCGUGGCUUUGGACGAGUCGGAUGUCAUUCUCCUGCCGUACAACUACCUGGUGGACCCGGCCGUCCGGCGAUCCCAGCGCAUCAACCUCCAAAACUCGAUUGUCAUCUUUGAUGAGGGCCACAACCUGGAGGGCUUCCUGUCGGAUGCGGCCUCCAUGGACUUGGAUGGUCUGGCCAUUUCGGGCGCGGUGGCCGAGCUGGACCGGGUCCGGCCACUGCUCUCCAUGUACCAGGGCGGGUAUUCCGCGCCGGCGGCCAAGGGCGAUGCACAUGCCACGUCGCUCGGCCCCAAGCCCACGGGGCAGGAUGACGACCAGCUUGAUGUCGGGCAGGGCUCCGGCGGAAAGGUCAUGCUCACGGACUCGUCGGUGCUUGUGAUCAAGGCUCUGCUGUUGGAGAUCGAGCGGGCGAUCUACGCGCUGCCUCUUUCCCCGGAGGGGCUGGCCAUUCAGCCCGGUGAUGCCAUCUAUUCGCUGCUCGGCGAGUGUCGGGUGGACUUUGACAGCUUUGCCCUGCUUCACCCCUUCAUCGAGGGGAUUGUGGAGAUUUUGGCUGCCGAUGCCGAGCGCCGGCGGCUUCCCUCGUCCACCAUUCACAUGGUGGCCGUGCGGGCCUUCCUUCGGCGACUGUUUGACACCGAGGAGGGGGCCAGCUCGCCGCUGUCCACCAUCGAGGACCUGGCCCUGUCGCUGACCUCCGGAGGUGGCGGCCCACCAGCCAAGCGCCAAUUGGAGGCCAUCAAGGUGGCCCGACUGCAGGCCGCACGCGAGUUCUUCAAGUUCGUCAUCCAGGAGGAGCGCCCGAGCGGCUCGGGCCCGGGCUCGGGCGGCAACUUUUCCAUGCGCGGGACGGCCGCGCGCAAGAUCGGCUUCUGGAGCUUCAACCCGGGGCUCAUGAUGCAGGAGAUGGCUGCCCAGGGGGUGCGGUCUUUCAUCAUCACAAGUGGCACCUUGUCUCCAUUGAAGUCCUUUGCCAUCGAUUUGCGGACGCCCUUCGAGUUCACGCUGGAGAAUGGCCAUGUCAUCGAUCCGGCCAGCCAGCUGUACGCGCGGGUCAUCCCGCGCGGUCCCAACAGGGUGGUCCUCAACUCGUCCUUCGAGCGGCGCGGCUCGUCGGAGUACCUGUCGGAGCUUGGUCUGACGCUGGUCCGACUCAUGGCUGUCAUCCCGGACGGCGUGCUGGUCUUCUUCCCCACGUACUCGGUCAUGGCAUCGGCAUUGGCCUUUUGGCGGCGACCGGGUGCCUCGGGCGAGUCGCUCUUCGGGAUGAUGUCCCGGCAUAAGCUCAUCCAGGUGGAGCCGCGCUCGAGCAAGAAGGACUUCGAGCAGGCCAUCAAUGACUACCACCAGUCGGUGAACGAGGCGGUGGAGCAGCGGCGCGGCGGCCGGCCACGGCGGCGCCCGGUCGAGGGCGACAAAGGCGCCCUGCCCCUGCUGUCCGGCCGGCAGACCGGGGGCGCGCUCUUUGCCGUGUGCCGCGGAAAGGCCAGCGAAGGUGUGGACUUCGCGGACUCCCUCUCCCGGGGGGUGAUCAUCACCGGGCUGCCCUUCGCGCCGUACCUCGACCCGCGGGUGAAGCUGAAGCGCGAGAUCCUGGACGAGUCGGCGCGCCGGGCCCCGGGGACCACCGGGGCCGAGGCCACCCUGUCGGGAACCGAGUGGUACCACCAGUCGGCCAUGCGGGCGGUGAACCAGGCCUUGGGCCGGUCUAUCCGGCACCGGUUCGACUAUUCGGCGGUCUUCCUGCUGGACGAGCGGUUUUCCCGGCCGACGCAUGCGUCCGGCUUGCCGAUUUGGUUUCGGCAGAGUCUCUCCACCGAGUGGGACUUUGAGCAUCUUUUGGCCGGGCUGGCGGGCUUCUUCCAGGAGGCGCCCGAGCGUGUGGCCGCCGCGCAUUCGAUGGGCCUCAAUGCGGGUGGCGUGCCUGGCUCGGCCACCGGCCCGGCCGAUGGGGCGGCGGGUGACCUCGCCGCCCCCGCCGCCGUGGCUGCCGCGGAGGAGGCCUCCGACCAUGAGUCCACGCCGACGCAGCCCGCGGCCGGGGCCGCGCUGGAGCCCGCCAGCCGGGCCGCCUUGAGGGAACGCUGGCGGACCGGGCCCCGGCCGACCUUGACACUGAAGCCGGAUGAGGAGCACCCGUCCGAUGGGGAAUUGGACAAGGGGGGCGCUACGGCCGAUCGGUGGGCCGAGGCCGAGCACAGUGCCACGCUGGAGACGAGCCAGCGCCUGGCGGCGGUCCGGUCGGACACCCUGCACCACUCGGAUGCCACCUUGCGGCGACUGGCCACCGGGGCCACGGUCCUGGCAUCGGGCGAGGAGUCCAUGGCCGGCGGGGCCGGCAAGCCCACGCCCGGUGCCACUGCCGCCUCGGGCGGUGCGCCCUCUUCCUACCUGAAUUACCUGCGCCAGGUGAUGCCGGCCGAGACGCUGCGGCCGUUUGUGCGGCUGCUGGUGCAAAUUCGGGACGGGUGCUCCGGGGCCCGGGGCCGGGAGCAGCAGGCCGCCGCCAGGCGGGCCUUCUUCGGCCCGGGGAACGAUUUGUAUGCGCGGCUGUUUGUGCUCAUCUCGCGUGGUCUCAGUCGGUCUGAUCAGAUCGGCGUCCUCCGCGGCUUUCGGUCCUUCGUGCCUGGGGAGUUUGCGGCCGGCUACAAUGAAUCGUGCCUGGAGUUUCUCGGCGACCAGCCCGACUGUGCAUUCUUCCGGGCUGCCGGGCUGCCUGGCAAGGUGACCGCCGCCAAUGUGCCCCUGGUGCCGGAUGUUGGCCAGCGCACGGCCUCCAUCCAGGCGCUGUCUUCGUCGAUGCCGGUGGCCCCGGGGCAGCAGCGGUCAGGCUCCGAGGCUGCUCCGGCCGGGCCGGCCGCAAGCCGGAGGCAGCCCCCGCCUUUGGCCCCGGUCCCGGUGCCGGGUCCGAUCCCGGCCCCGGCCCCGGCCCCGGGCCCGGGCCCGACUCGAGGCCUGCCUCGGGGCGUGGACGUGGCUGCCCCGUCGGCCCGUGCGUCUGCGGCGAUCGUGGCGCAGGCGCGCGCGGCCGGCACCCGGCGCCAGGCAGCCAGCGCCCCGGCCGGGGUGGCCAGCCUGUCGGAUCUGCUGUUUGCCGGCGGCGGCGGCCCCGGGGCGAGUGGCUCGCCCGGCUGCUCGUCGUGUCUCUUCUGCCGGAAGGCGCUGGUGCGCCCGCGUGCCGGGGCUCUCGUCACCGGGAGCCCGCCCUUCGUGGCCGGAUGCGAGCAUGCCGGCUGCUACAACUGCUGGCUGACGUACCUGCGCACGGCGCACGGCGUCGUCUGCCCCAUUUGCCGGCGCUCGACCUCGCUGUUGACCUUGAAGCCGGCCCAGCGCUGA